UUGUAAAUAUUGAGGACUAAUCAGUUAUGUCAAGGGUGCUCAAUUUGGAUUUGGUUGUGCGGGACUACAUGCGCUUACAUGCUAUCAAAAUCUGGGAGUGGGAUGAAAAUAUUCCGGAUGAACUGAUUGACAAACUCAUGGCAUGUGUCACUUCUGAAUGUUCGAAAGAGUCUAUCAUUGAUGCCGUCUUGAUUUUUCAAAGAGAUGUGAAAGAACGUCUGCAAGGUGUCAAUUCGCCAAGUCAGUGUCAACCCCAAAACAAUGAAGCUAACGAAAAUGUAAUGCAACUGUCAGUGAAGCUGGCAUGCUCGAGUAAUGUAAAGAUGGAUGGUGAAAUAGCGAAGAGGAUAGUAAUUAAUAUUGAUAAAUUGUUAACAGGGUUGGAUUUGAUCAGAACAAUUUUAUCACAAAUAGACAUAUCAGAACACAACCUAAAUAAGUAUCUCGUCAAGCUAAUAUUCAAAGGUCAUAUCAUACAACAUACAGACCGAUUGUCCAACUUACCGCUGACGAAAAACUCGCUAGUGUUAGCGUUUAUUUCACAGACUGAAAAUGAUGCAGUUGUGAAAAUGGAUAAUCUGCGAAGUGGAACAUCGUCAGUUCGAGACGCAGCCGAGGUGCUAUCAUCGCGCAACAAGGGAUCAACUUCGAUGCAGGAAUACAAACUGGAAAUCCUGGACCAAAAUGGCAAGCCGAUUCAGAUGGGAAAAUCAGAACGGAAGUCGCUUACUGUCGCAAUGACGUUAGUGGAGCAAGGAAAGAAAAUGAUGGGAAAAGGGCAGUUUUCUGACGCUUUGUUCACAUUUCUGGAGGCGGACGAGGAUUUCAGACAGUGUACGAGUUCGCUGCUUGAGAUGGUGGAUAACUACGCGCUGUUGCAGCUGGACAUUGUGUGGUGUUAUUUGAGACUGGAAAGUGUGGAUCAGCUGCCGGAUGCGCUGACCAGACUGCAGAUGAGCGAAGAGAAGUUGGAGAAGACCUUUGGUCCCAAUUUGAUGCGAGUCGAACUGAUCAAAGGCAAGUGUUCCCAAGAGAAGGCACUGUUUGUGCGUCUACAUCUGCUGAAGGGAGUGGUGUUUUUCUAUCUGAAGAGAUACAAAGACAGUCGGAACAGUCUGACAGAAGCCCUCAAUCUGGUCAACAAACUAGCGGUGGACGAGUUAAAGCUGUCGGACAUGAUGCUAUUGGGCUUUGAGGAGAAAGAGUGUCGGCUAGCACUUCGCAACAGCGACAACCAAGUGAGUGUGGCUGUGGACUAUGCCUUGGGGGAGAGGGAGAGGGGUGCGAAAGUGAAGAAGGAGUUGCGGGAGGAGAGAGAUAGGAAGGUGUUGCAGGAGAAACUGGGGGUCACCUUGGCAGGAAAUCCAGUGAGUGUUCCACAAUACAGAGCUUUAAUUUCGAUGAAGUUCGGCAAAGUUGCGAGCAAAUUGGCGUUGAAACGAUUCGGCAAUAACAUUAACGAAUGUCUUCGAGUGUUAGAAGAGAACGAUUACAAAGCCUUGCUGUAUCCAGAAUCGCUGUGCCAACAUUACGCCAGAGUGGACGAAACCCAACUUGGCUUGCUGAAAAGUUUGUGCGAAGAAAACACCUCCAGUAUGAAGCUAGCUAUCGCGCUUUUCAUUUGCCAAAAUGGUGUGACAGAGGCGAAGGAGAGAAUGGACACAGAAGAUAUUACAGUAAGAAUGGUGGAAAAUGUGUGGUCGGGUUUGCCGGCUGAGGGAACUGAAGACGAGGAGGAAAUCAAGAACUCGAAGAGGAUUCGAAGUGAAGAAUACGAAGCCCAGAUGAAACUGGAAGAAAUAGUGAGCAAUGAACAAGGAGACGAUUAUCUAGAUUUAGACUUCAAAACUGAACUGCCUUACAUUGAACAGUACUUGGCCCUUCUCCAAACUGUUUGAGUGUGCUAAAUACAAGAUGAGAACAUCCAGAAUUUUUGCCAUUUCCCAAAGAAGCCAAUGUGAGCUCAGUUAAGGUUCCUCGUAUGUAAAGGUCUAAAAGUUUCUCAACAAAAUUCUGGUCGUUUUAUUGGUUCCAGUGCUGACUAUAGAAAAUAAUUUGUUUUAUGAAUUUUAAAUCUUUGAAUAGUUAUUAAAUUCUAAUUUAGUUUUAUUUUGUUAAUAAGUAUUAUCCUCUGUGAUUUCUCUACGUGACAGUAGAAACUGUUUGAAUGCAUCAAGGCGUCGCAGUUUGCCAUCUACAAGCAUUCGAGCGCAUAUUAAUAAGUUUGGAACGCGUUUUUAUUUUAACAUAAACUGCGCAACAAUGGAGUGUUGAUUGUUUC